CCAUGUACUGUAAAGAUGGGGAUACUGGUGGAACCAGCGCUGCUCCUUGUUUUAUGGCAGAGUGUUUGGGCUUUGGACAUCCCUCUGGAAAUCAGGCAGCCCCCGGCCAUCAUAAAGCAGUCGAUGAAAGAGCAUAUUGUUGACCCCAAAGACACCAUGGUCAUAGAGUGUGAAGCCAGAGGAAACCCUCAUCCCAUUUUCUCAUGGAGACGUAACGGGAAGUAUUUCAACGUGGCACGUGACUCUCAAACUUCGAUGCGGAGGCGUUCAGGGACUCUGGACAUCUACGCCUGGAACAAUCCAGAACAGUACGAGGCAGAGUAUCAGUGCAUUGCCUCCAAUGAGUAUGGAUCUGCAUAUUCCAACAAGAUCAGACUACGGCUAUACAGACCUCCUGUUUGGCCAAGGGAGGUUCUGGAGCCUGUGGUGGUCAGCGCUGGCUUGCCUCUGGUCCUGUCCUGUGACCCCCCACGAGGCCCGCCGAAACCUGACACCUACUGGAUGUCCAGCUGCUCAUACGCGAGGCCUUUCAACUGGCCCGUUCAGACCGCUUUCCCCACCAUGCAGCCGGUGCGACCGGACCGCCGGGUGUCCAUGGGAGUAAACGGAGAUCUGUAUUUCUCUAACAUCCUGUUCAACGACUCUGCUGCUGAUUACUGCUGUAAUGCCCGCUUCCCCUACAAGAAUGUUAUCCAGCAGAAGAUGCCGGUGGUCGUCAAAGUGCUGACAACUCGCACGGUGGCCGAGGCUGCCCCCACCUGGCUGUCUCCCACAGGAUCAUCCAGCUCCAUACUGGUCCUGCAAGGGGAAGAACUUCUCCUGGAGUGUAUCGGUGCAGGAGUGCCAACUCCCGGUAUUACAUGGACCAAGAAUGGUGACGACCUCGUGGUAUCGCCUCGCAUGAAAGUAAAGAACUUCAACAAGAUGGUUCAAAUCCCAAAAGCAUCUUUUGAUGAUGCGGGAGAAUAUACUUGCACCGCUACCAAUAAAAUUGGAUACAUUGAGCACACAAUAACCGUCAGGGUCAAAGCGGCCCCCUUCUGGCUGGAGAAACCCACUGAUCUGGUCUUGGCCCCGGAGGAAAAUGGACGCCUGUUGUGUCAUUCUGAUGGAGCUCCGCGUCCCACAGUCAGCUGGUUUAUCAACGGGGAACCUAUUGAAACUGCUACACCUCAGCCUAACAGACAGGUGUCAGGAGACACACUGACUUUACGCAGUGUGACCACUGCAAACACUGCAGUCUAUCAGUGCAAUGUUUCCAAUCAGUUUGGGUACUUGAUGGCCAAUGCUUUUGUCAACGUGCUGCAUGCAACGCCACGUAUUAUUGGGCCCAGGAAUGAACUCAUCAAGGUGAUAGAGGGCAGUCGUACCCUCCUUGACUGCCGCUACUUUGGUUCUCCAGUACCUGAAUUGCGAUGGUCUAAAUAUGGACAGGGUACUCUAGAAGGAAAUCGUUUUAAGACUCAAGGUAACGGGACUCUGGAGAUCAAAAACAUACAGAUAGAGGACCAGGGAACUUACGUUUGUGUAGUCAGCAACGUCGCAGGAAGAGAUGAGAGUCAAGUCAGAUUAGAGGUUAAAGAGCCCACUUUAAUUGUCACAAGACCACAGAGUAUGAAGGUCAUCCGUGGAAGUGAUGUGCGCUUUGAGUGUGUCGUGAAAGCAGAUGCAACGACUCCUGUCACAACCACCUGGAUGAAAGGCAAAAAGCACGUCACUCUCGGCUGGAGGAUUUCUCUGGAUGAAUCAAAUCUGGUCAUCACUAAUGUAAACGGGGGUGAUGAGGGAAAUUACACCUGUGUGAUCAAGAGUGAGCUGGACCAGAAGUAUGCUUCAGCACGCCUGAUGGUGAUGGACCGUCCAGAUCCUCCCUCCAAGUUGGAGUUGUCCGAUCCAUACGAACGUAGUGUAAGACUCAGCUGGGUGCCCGGAGACAGCAACCACAACCAUAUAACAGAGUACUUAGUGCAGUAUGAUGAUGAUGACUGGUUGCCUGGUAAGUGGAGAAACCUUUCAACGUAUCCAGGGAACCUCAACUCUGUCAUCCUGCAUCUCACACCUUUCACCUACUACGAGUUUCGGGUAAUCGCCAUCAAUGAAAUCGGAAUGAGUCGCCCGAGUCGUCCAUCCAUGCGCUUCCAGAGCAGCGGUGCUCCCCCAGAUAUUAUCCCAAAGAACGUAAAGGGUGUGGGUACAUGGAGGAAUAACAUGGAGAUCAGCUGGGAGCCUCUGACCUACAGAGAGUGGAACGGGCCCCACCUGAAGUAUCUGGUGUGGUGGAAAAGGAGAGAUUCCCGAGAGGAGUGGAAGAAUGCGACCACCAAAUGGCUGAGAUACUACAUCUACGAUGCCGAUACCUUCACUCCGUAUGACAUCAAAGUCCAGGCUGUCAAUGACUUUGGGCUGGGUCCAGAGUCUCCUGUUGCCAUUGGUUACUCUGGCGAGGACCGUCCCUUAACCGCACCACUGAACCUGAGAGUGUCCGACAUCGAGAGCACUCAGGUGACUUUGCACUGGGAUUCAGUCACACGCGGCUCAAUGAUGGGCGAUCUGAAAGAAUACAAGGCCUACUAUUGGAGGGACAGCAGCCAGCUGAGGUGGCUGAGGGUCAAUAGAGGGAUGAAGUCGAAAGCGUUUCCAGACAACGAUCCAGAGCCCUCUGGGGUCCUCACUGGACUCAUCCCCUAUAGCAACUACAAGUUGUAUAUAGUCGUGGCAAACAAUCGAUAUGAAGGGCCGCCCGGUAACAAUAUCCACUUCUCAACGCCUGAGGGAGUACCAUCUGUUCCCAGAUCUUUCAGGAUCCAACAGCGACAUCUAGACAGUAUUUAUGUCGACUGGGACCUUCCAGCUGAACCCAACGGUGUCAUUAUUGGAUAUUCCCUCAAGUACCAGACAGUGAACGCCACCAGGGGAGAGGAGUCUCGAGUUGAGGAGUUCACUCCAAACGUAACAAGUUUCUCGGUCAGGCGGUACGACCGCUACACUCGUUACAGAUUCUCUGUGGCGGCACAAACUCGGAUCGGGAUAGGGGAAUGGCAUACGGAGGAGUCGCCUCACUACACCACUGAAACGUAUGCUCAGGACCAGGUGGACAUCUCCACUCAGGGCUGGUUCAUCGGGAUAAUGUGUGCAGUGGCUCUCAUCGUGCUCAUCCUACUCAUAGUCUGCUUCAUCAAGAGGAGCCGAGGGGGGAAAUACCCAGUACGGGAAAAAAAAGAUAUUUCAUUGGAGCCAGUGGAUGACAAUGAUCAGGAGGGAUCAUUCGACUACAGGUCUCUUGAAAGGAUAGCGCGUAUCUCCACUCUGCCUUACCCCCGGCGAGAGGAGGAAAGGGGACUUCAAAGAGGCCAGCUGUCCAUGGAUGCGAUGAUGAAGCGAUCAGACAGCGACGACAGUCUGGUGGACUAUGGCGAUGGAGGCGAGAUACCGUUCAACGAGGACGGCUCGUUCAUCGGCCAGUACACAGGAACCAGGAGAGACGUCAGGGAGUUGGACUUUGGUGGAAAUCUGGAGCUUCACUCUCCAAUGAAUACCAUCUACUCCCUGGCGUAA